AUGAAUUAUCAAAGACAAAUCCUUCUUCUUCUACUUUUUGUACAGACAGUUCAUUUACUUGAAACAUGGGAUGAAUCUUCAUCUGAUAUAUGGUCAACUCCACCACCAUAUUUCAAAGAUGUUGAUGAUCAUAAUGAUAAUGAUAAUAUGAAUGAAGAUGAUCUAUCUGAAGAAUUCCUGCCUGUAACAUAUAAACUAAGACAAGCGUUAGCUGGUUAUGCUUAUUUUAAUCAUCACGAUCGAAGAAAAAAAUCUAAACUUGAAACACCAAAAGUACAAAAUGAAAACUAUUUACAAGGACUUUGGACAAUGCCCGGACGACGACGACGUUAG